ACCACAAAAUCCAAGCCGUGGGUAGAUACAGUAUUCGAUUUCAGCACGGCAAUAUAUUACCUUGAUCCGCAAGGUUCGUGCCCACCCCCACACUUCAUAUAUAAUAUUCAACAUUUGCUUUCACCCAUUACUAAUGACACAUUGAACUUAUAAGCGGGAAAAAUAAAAUCAACAAAAAGCUCAAUUACGUAUAAACCAUCUUAUUUUAGAGGAAGAAAAAAAUGCAGCGAAUAGAGAAUUGGGUUGGGAAGGGAUUACCGAAAGUAGAGAAGGAGAGUGAAGAAUACGAAUCCAUUAAGAAUGGUUUCUUGAAGGGUAUGGGAUUUAUGGGAAAUGCCACAACUAUCAUUGCCAUUCACAAGAACGAUGUUUCCUUUAGUUUGGCAAGGCAAGCUCGUUGGGAUUCCUUCAAUAUUUUCUCUAAGGCUGUGGCAAUCAAAUCUGGUGGAGAUGCAAAUGUAAGGAAUGCUUGGUAUGGUAGUUCCUUGGAUGAUCUCCUAGAAAUUGUAUCUGUUGGAUUCAAUGGAUGCAAAAGCCAUGAUGCUCACGAUGAGUCUCACGGUGUUGGGAUUCCCUUAUUUUCUGUCCAUUCCUCCAUUGAUAGUGCUAUGUGUACAGUAGCAGAUGAGCAUGGUUUGAGACAUGUGUUACUAUGCGGAGUGAUUUUAGGGAAGGUGGAAGCUGUUGGUUGUGGUUCAAAGCAGAGCCAACCUAGUUCUAAGCAAUAUGACUCUGGUGUGGAUGAUAUUUUAGCACCUACAAAACAUAUUAUCUGGACUGCUUUUAUGAAUUCACACAUUCAUCCAAAUUAUAUUCUUAGUUUCAGAUAUAAUUACUCAAAGGAUUCAGUGGUACAUGGAGAACUGAAACCUCAAUCACCAUAUGUGUUGUUUCCCAAUUUAGUAGCAAGAGUUUCAAAUAAUUUGAAACCAGCAGAGAUGACUAUGUUACUCAAAAGCUACCGAAUUUACCGACAACGGAAGAUUUCAAGACAAGUAUGGAUAAACAAAGUGAGAUUGAUUGUGGGAGACACACUGCUCCAUUCAGUGAUCAUAAAAUCCAACUACGAUGUGCACAUUCUUUAGUCUCUCUUUUUCUGCUUUUUACCAAAAAAUUAUUGCUUUUCUUUUUCCUUCUUGUUCAUUUCGUUAGGUUUUAAAUUUUGAUAGUUGGGUUGAUAGUAAUUGGGUUCGGCUUUUGCUUCCUGCAUCCUCUCAAUUUCUUACACACCCUCUCAAAUUUUUAAAAUGACCAUUUGGGCUACAUUAAUAUAUUCAUAAAACUUCAGAAAAAAUUUCAGAACAAGAUUUCCGCAUCAUAAUAUCUAAAACAGGAUGUUUUGGAACGUAAUUUUGGAAAUAAAAUUUUCAGAAUGUGUGAAAUAUAUUUUGAAAAAUAUUUUUCAGAAUAAAUAUUCAGAACCAAUUUUCUGGAAUGAGUUUAUGAAACACUUCUACAUGAAAUAUGUUUUGAAAAUAGCUUUGCAACAUUCUCUCUCUCUUCUUUUUCCAUUGCAGUAGCAGUGAUGAAGGAAGCAACAGAGGUAACAUUGGUGACAGAAAUGUGAUGGUGGUGAAGGAGGUAAUUAGUAUUUGUGGGGGUGCUGAAGUCAAUAGCCCGGUUUACAUUGUUACUAGGAUUUUAUAAAAUAGAAUAGAACAAAUUCGCAUACAAGUAAUAAAAAAUUGUAUUAGUAUGGGUUGGUUCAUGGGUGCAAAUGUAUUCCUAUCUUUGUCUCUUCAAACUUUCAGUGUAAAUUAUGUUGGAAAUGA